AUGCCUUCUGAAGAGACCAGGUUAGCAACUAUACUUGGUAGCACUGUACCAACAACUCCUAUUCCAAGGCAGAAAAUUCCAGAGAAUGGAAUUUACUUCCUGGAGACCACAGGGUUGCCAAUGUUGAGUCCCAAACAGCUGUGUGCCAUUGAGUCAGCAGCAUUACAUCACCCGAAAAGACCUGUGAUUGUGGCUGUGAGGUACCAUCACUUGCAAUUACCAUGCAGUGCAGAAACCUGGACAAAAACUUACCCAAAUGUCCAGUUCAUCCCAUUGGACAUUUUUGAGUGGAUGGAAGGAACAGUUGUGAAAUUGUGGUUGUCAAAGGGAAUGCUUCAGAAAAGCAGGUUCAAAACUGCUCAUACUAGUGAUAUUUUGAGAUAUGUCACCUUGUUCAAAUAUGGUGGACUCUAUCUGGACACUGAUGUCAUUGUCAUGAGACCCAUGGAUGAUUUGCUGAAUGCUGUGGGUUUGGAGGGUUACACUCCUUCUGGAGCAGCAAAUGGUGUCAUGGCUUUCACUAAGCAACACCCUGUGAUGUCUGGAUGUCUGGAUGAGGUUGUUCAAAGGGUCAUCAAGAAAUUUUGUGGCAUGAACAACACUCAACCUUUGAGGCCUGGUAACUGCAAAAACCUUCAGCUGCUUCCCACCAGAAUGCCCAUGUUGAGUCCCAAACAGCUCUGUGCAGUUGAGUCUGCAGCUCUACAUCAUCCCAAAAGAUCCGUGGUAGUGGCAGUGACAAAUAAGUUCUUGCAGCUGCCCAUAAUUUUGAAAUCCUGGUCUGAAAUGUACCCAAAUGUUAUGUUCAUCAAGUUGGACAUUGUCCAAUGGCUGAGUGGAACCAUUCUUCAGUCAUGGUUAUCCAAAAACUUACUUGACAAGAGUCCAUUUAAAACUGCCCAUUCCAGUGAUGUCCUGAGGUAUGCCACCCUGUUCAAGUAUGGUGGAUUUUACUUGGACACUGAUGUGAUUGUCAUGAGGUCAAUGGAUGACCUUGUGAAUGCUGUGGGUCUUUUUGAAACCAAAUUGAUUAAUGGUGCUGCAAUGGCUUUUAAGAAGCACCAUCCCUACAUGGAAGCCUGCAUGAAUGAGCUGUCUGCAAAAAAAGGUGGUCACUGCAUGAAGAAGCAAAGAGCCCUGUGUUUGGAAUGCAAAAAAUUUUCGAUAGAAGAUAAUACAAAUAAGACGCAUAUUUAG